UCCAUUCGAGACUUGUUGUUAUUAGCCUGAGCUAACUGUCAACCAGAGAGCUACUUGUUUAAAACCUAAACUCCAAAAUGUCGUCAGACUUUGAAUCUUACGAGCAGGACUUUGGGACCAUUACAGCAGAAAUAACCAACAAAGUUGGAAGAAUUCCCAAACUAAGCGGAGAGGAGAAGACACAGCUGGUUCUAAAUGUCGACAAACAGCUUGAAGAAGUCAGAGAGUUGCUGGAGCAGAUGGACCUGGAGGUGCGGGAGAUCCCCAUCCAGAGCCGAGCCAUGUACAACAGCAGACUGAAGAGCUACAAGCAGGAGGUAGAGAAGCUCGAGAAAGACUUCAAAAGGUCACGUAUUGCCUACAGUGAUGAGGUGCGCAACGAGCUCCUGGGGGAUGACGCCAGCUCCUCUGAGAACCAGUUGAUAAAGUUACGUGAAGAGAGAGCGCAUCUGUUGGACAACACAGAGAAGCUGGAAAGGUCAUCACGGAGACUGGAGGCCGGCUACCAGAUAGCAGUAGAAACUGAGCAAGUGGGGCAGGAGAUUCUUUCCAACCUGCACAGUGACCGUGAGAAGAUCCAAAGAGCCAGAGAAAGGCUGAGAGAAACGGACGCCAACCUGGGCAAGAGUUCUCGUAUCCUCACAGGCAUGCUGAGAAGGAUCAUCCAGAAUCGAGUCCUGGUCUUCAUCCUCGGAGCCAUCAUCCUUCUCACCAUCAUCCUGGCCAUCUAUUUUAAUCUGCGGGGCCACUGAUCUCCCCUCUACACACAUAUACGCACCCUCACUCCUCCCCUGACACAAAUACAAACACACACACGCGUGAUUAAUAGCGACAAAAGCGUUGUUCUGCUGUAAUUAGGACAAAUGGUCCCCAUGAAUCACAGUUUCCAAAGCCUGACAGGGAGCUUUUUUUUUCUCAGUCUCUUUCUCCUUUUUCUGUUUCUUUCUCUCUUUCUGUCCACUUUGCGCUUCUCUUUCUUCUUCUUUCUUUCCUCUUUCUCUCUCUGUCAGGCUCUCUCAUACAUCUCCAGGGAUCAGAAUAGGAGGGAGAUGUUUUUAUGAUUGUUUAUAUUUUUCAUGGUGUCGUCCUCGACGUGGUUCUGCAGCCCAUCAUGUCCCCAGGUGAACAAGGCCUGGGGAUUUUGAAUUUUUUUUUUGUAACUCGAAGCGGAUUCAGAUAUGCAGAUUGUUUUUUUCUCGUGACGGAGGCGGGUCAAGUGUUAUUCGGCGUGUGUGCAUGAGAGACAGAGAGAAAAGAGUGCACACAUAUGUAUAUUCGCAUGUGCAUGAGUGACAGUCCUGGAUAUCGAGGGGGGGGGUAUUUGUUAUUACCACCAACAGUAGACACACACACACACACACACACACUGUAGUAUGUAUGAGCUUCUGUAACUAAAUGAUUCAGCUGUUCUUCAUGUAGCCCCGACAAAGCACAGAGGACAGUGCCUUCAGAUAAGAUAUGCUGUUCACACUCCUUCUUUAAAAAGCUCAGCAGAGCCCAAAAAUAGAUGCUGCCUUGAAAAGAGAGGAUGCACAGAAAAAAAAAAAAAAGGUUAAGGUCAGUUCAGCUUCUGUUCAGUCAAUCAAGGUGAAGAGGUUUGUUUGUUUUCAAUCACAGCGUUUCCACAAAGUAUGUUAACAUUUCAAGAAAGUUUUGAGAUGGAAAAAAUGAAUUAAAUCGACUGUUUUAAUGUUUUUAACACAACAGGGAACUGACUCCAACCUUUGCACAUACAAUACAACGCAGAAAAAGGUUUCUUCGAACAUUAUAAUUCCCCCUCAUCUCCCGAACACAGUUUUUCACAACUUAUUCCUGCAGACUUUUUAAUGUAAUAAUACGUGUCCAACUGUGUGUACUAACAUCAUGUAUAGUGUUUUGCUCUCAAUACAAGUGAUUCUGUUAUUAUUUAUUUAUAAAUGCAGAUGCAAUUAACCGUGUUAGGACUGUAUAUUUUAUAAAAGCUAUUCAGAAUUAACAUUAAGCAUUAUUUUUCUUGAUUUUUGAGUGUUCAGUGAUUAGACUCUAAAAUGCAGACUGUACACCAGGACCAACAGAAAUGUGUGGAUUUCAAGUUUUUUGUCUUAUAAAUGUUUUUUCUUCUUCCUCUGUUCUUAUAAAUGGAUCUAAGUUGUUUUAGAACUGGCACUUUUUUGUUCUAUAUUUUUUCUUGUCGAGUUCUGAAGAUUGUGACGCAGUCCUUGUUUCUGUGUUUAUCUGUACGCCGACUUAUGAUGUGAUACAUUUGCAGGUGUUUGAAAAAAAAAAGACGCAAGUGA